GAAAAGCAGCGGUGGAGUGGGGCAGACACACUCAAAGCUUUCUCACUUGCCAUAUAUUUUCCCAAAGCCCAAUGCAAAUAAAUACCCCAUGCCAGUCAGGCAGCAGAUGAGAGUGAGAUCGAUGAGACCUCAGCUAAUCACCUCUCUAAUCUAAUCUAAAUACACCCGCCCACCAGCAAGUAGCAACUUGACCAUGCUUGUCCAUAUCCUCCUCUCACUGUUUUUGUUUACAACCUCCGCUUCCGCAACAGAAACCAAUACCUCUGCCGGCCACGCCAUCCCCUUUCCCACCCACGAGCAUUUCAACGUUAAAGAAUCCGUUUCUGAGGCCAUCAAACUCCAUCCCCAGGAGGAAUUCAACGAUGAAAGCCGCAAUAAGGGGAAGCUCAAGCUCCUGCACAGAGAUAAAUUGCCCUUUUCUCAUUUUACCGACUUCCGCCGCCGGUUUGGGUCCCGUAUGAGAAGGGACGGACACAGGGUCGCCGCCCUCAUUCGCAGAACUCGCAGUGGGGAGUAUGAGGUGGAGGAGUUCGGGUCGGAGGUGGUUUCCGGUAUGGAUCAAGGGAGUGGAGAAUACUUCGUGAGGAUUGGGGUCGGGAGUCCGCCCAAAAAUCAGUAUAUGGUGAUUGACUCCGGGAGUGAUAUUGUGUGGGUUCAGUGUCAACCCUGUAACCAAUGCUACCAUCAAUCCGACCCGGUAUUCGACCCCUCUCUCUCCGCUUCAUUCGCCGGCGUGCCCUGUAGCUCCACCCUCUGUGACCAGGUCGACAAUUCGGGAUGCAAUUCGGGUCGGUGCAAGUACGAGGUCAUGUACGGUGAUGGGUCCUACACCAAGGGGACGAUGGCGCUCGAGACUAUUACGUUUGGGCGAACUGUGGUCCCAAAUGUGGCUAUCGGCUGCGGCCAUAGCAACCGGGGGAUGUUCACAGGAGCCGCCGGGUUGUUGGGUAUCGGCGGGGGAUCCAUGUCGCUUGUGGGUCAACUCAGCGGACAAACGGGCGGAGCUUUCAGCUAUUGCUUGGUGAGCCGGGGCACCGAAUCCUCCGGCUCACUGGAGUUCGGGCGAGGAGUCUUACCCGUGGGCGCCGCCUGGGUACCCCUGCUCCGAAACCCACGGGCACCUAGUUUCUACUAUAUCGGGCUCUCGGGUCUGGGCGUCGGCGGCACGCAGCUCCCAAUAUCCGAAGACGUCUUCCGUUUAACCGAGCUGGGCGACGGGGGAGUGGUCAUGGACACGGGAACCGCCGUGACAAGACUCCCCACAGUGGCGUACGCGGCGUUGCGCGACGCAUUUAUGACGCAAACCGCCAGCCUUCCUCGGGCACCCAGCGUCUCCAUAUUCGACACAUGCUACGACCUAAACGGGUUCGUUACGGUUCGGGUACCAACAGUAUCGUUUUUCCUGAUGGGCGGCCCGAUCCUCACCCUUCCAGCUAGGAACUUUCUUAUACCAGUUGAUGAAAGGGGCACCUUUUGCUUUGCAUUUGCUCCAUCCCCAACCGGACUAUCCAUCAUAGGGAACAUCCAGCAAGAAGGCAUCCAGAUUUCUUUUGACGGCUCAAAUGGUUUUGUGGGUUUUGGCCCCAAUAUUUGUUAAUUUAUUAUGCCCGGCCCCUAAGAAUAAUAAUUAUUAUGUGAAUUUUGUUAGUCCAACUAAGAGCUAUAUAGUAGUUUAUUAUAUACAUAUAUAAUAAUAAUAAUAAUAAUAAUAAUAAUAAUAAUAAUAGUAAUAUUAGUACUUGAUAGAUUAUUGUGACAUAUAUAUGAUGGAUGAUUAAGAAAUCGAAUUGAGUGAUAUUAUACUUUGUAUUUCACUGUUAUCUAGAUUGCUUAAUGAUUAGAAAGUCAACAUGUAAUGUUUGUUUUCA